CAGACUUAUGUACUGUAUUACAAAUACCUCUCAAAGUUUGUGUGGGGAUGACGGGCUCCAUUAAAAUUGUUAUAGGAAUAGUAUUUUGAUUGUCAGAUUGGGUCAACACUCAAAAGAACUCAUGUACGCCCUCUCUCCUGCUUAAAAUUCGUGUUGGCCUAACAAAAAGGUAACUAUUGGCAAUGAAACAUCGACAAAGUCGUGUAUAUUUUGUCAACCCAUUAGUUCUUUUUAUUUUGGAUAGCUUUAAUUUUUUCUUCUCUUUUUUGUUGCUAAAAUAAAUAAUGUAGAAAAUCUGUGACAAAAGAAAAAAAGUAGAAAAUAUUUACUUUAGAUCAUAUUUGUUAUGUUGAUGCAGUAGCAUUAAAUAGAUUAUUGGUCCAUCACCAUCAACUUAUUAAGUAGGUAACCAAUUUAGAUCUCCAAAUAAGUUCGUAUUAUCAUUACUAUAAAGGGCCGCGUGCGUGAAUUUUGUAUCCUUUCCUUCCAAGUAAUAAAAUCUCAUUUCUUCUUUUAAAUUCUGUACAAGAAACUUACACGAUCAAAUGUAAAUAAAGUACAAAAUAUGACCCUAUGGAAAAUUAUUUAACCAAUCGAUCCGUUUAGAAUAGCGCAAGCGAGUUCCGAACCAUAUUAUUCAAUACCUUGACAAUAACUGAAUAACUGUCUACUAGCUUACUGAUGUAUAUAUUACCAUCUAUAGUACUCGUUUUCUACAUUAGUUGUAAACAAAUAUUUCUAGAGUUCUGCAGUCAUACCUUGACAAUAACUGAAUAAUUAAGUGUCUACCAGCUUACUCAUGUAUAUAACCAUAUACUAAUAUUACUCGUUUUCUACAUUAGUUGUAAAUAAAUAUUUCUAGAUAGAGUUCUGCUGUCAUAAUUAAAAAAAACAUGGACGCAACGAAAAAGAUGAUUGUGUAAUGCAUACAUAACAUCAAAAUAAGUGAUGUUUGAAAAUCUCAGAUAAAAUACCAUGGAGCCUCGUGUUUCGUCCAAAGGCUUAUUUUACUACUUUAGAAGGUUCAACGAAACUAAAUAUAACAAUAUGUUUUCAGCUUGCACAUAUCAAAAUGUAUGUUGGUUUUCGGUGUUUUGUACUGUUUACAUUUACCUUAUGUUUAAUUUGCUUAAUCACGUUAGAAUAUAAUAACAUUAUUGAUGCCAAAAAAAAUAUAAUAACGUUCUUCUUCUUCUUAUUAUUAUCAUUAUUAUCAUUAUUAUUAUUAUUAUUACUAGGCAAGGAAUCCGUGCGUAUGGGAACUCAUUUUAUAAAUGAAUCAAUAUUAUUCAACCUAUUUUGUCCUAAAUAUAUUCAAUCAUGUUUUGAGUCUUUAAAUUAUUUAUUUCCAAGAUGUUUUAUAUUAAAAUUUCACAAUUAAUAUAUAUUAAUUUUGAUUUGUAACAUUUCCAACGGUGUGAACAAAAAAUUAUGAUUGUUCAAACAAAACUCCAUCAUCUUUCUUUUAUAUAUUUAUGUUAUGUUUAUAUAUAUAAUAUAUUUAAUAUUUUAAUAAUAUGUCUUUAUCAAUGAGCCAAAAAAUAUAUUUCAAUUUAUUUAAUAAAAAUAAAAGAUAAACCCACAUAAACAGAUCCAUAUGGGGUUUAAGGUUUUGAAAAUAUUGUUCAUUUUGAUAACGGGCUUUGCAAUUCUCUUGGGGAAUUUUAAUAUAGUUCAUAUGAUAUUGCUUACCUAUUUAGGCUUUAUGCUUUUUUGUUAUAAAUUUGUAAUUCUUCUUUUCUGAAAUAGUAAAUGAAAUAUUUGAAAGCUAAUUCAAUUCUAUAUUAUGUAGAAAAUCAGAUCCAGAUCUGCUUGAAUUAUCUUCCUCGCCAAAUAUAAAAUACCAAAGCAUUUCGAUAUAAGAAAUGGAAUGGCUGUUUACUGAAAAUAAAUACAUUGUUAGAAAAGGCUUAUAGCUGUCCACACCCAUCAUGCCAAUAAACAACACCACGAAAGAGGAGUGCUAGUACAAGUAAUUGAUUACAUAAUUAGUUUUAUCAAGGACUAAUUAAGAAGACUUAGUCACAUAUAUUUAUAUAGAUUUAUGUUUCAGUCUCUGUUGAACUUGAAGCAUCAACGGGAAGACGUGCGUCAAGACGUUGCUUGGAUAGGUAAUAAAUAAUGCUGCUAUAUCAUAUGGACAGAGACGAAAGUAACAUCUGAGCAUAUAUGCUUCAUUCACACAAACUUUAGUAUUAACAACUAAUGAGCAUUUAUACUAAUUCUCUUAAAAACUUAAAAUGAUUCAAUACUUGAUAUGACUUCUGAUUUUAUCAAAUUAUUUGUGUACGUCUACCAACAAACUUUAGUCAUGCGAAUGAGUCGGAUACAUUAUCCAUCUAAUCCAGCAUGUCAUUUAUAAAAUUUAUUAGUAUUGUUUAGUAUAAUAUCUUUCAUCUUUUGACAAAUACAUUAAACAAACUAUAUAUGUACCUUAUUUUUCUGAUGGACAACUGGAUAUACAUGAGCAAAAUAAGUAUUUCUUCGCAUUUGAAUAAAAAAUUACUACAAGUAUCGAUGAAUCUAUGUGCAUGUAUUAGUGUAUAUGAUUUAGAGAUCAGACAUGUUAGUAGUUAAUCACCCAUUGACGAGAGCAUUGGUAACAUUUUUUAAAUAAAUUCUAUAAAUAAUUGAAAUUAAUUAUGUAAAUGUAUAUUAUAAUUUUUCUAAAUACCAUACUUUUUUUUGAAAAAAAAAUAGCACACUUUUUCUAAAAAUAGGACAACUUUUGAAAAAUCUUAAAGCUUUUGUUUUAGAAAACAAUAUUACCAACUAAUUUAGGAAGGCUUAGUUGCCCUAGUAAGUUUCUUUUAAAAAUCUUCAAGCUUUUGUUAAGAAUGUUCUUUCCUUUUUUUAUCCUAAGUAAAUUCUUACAUAAUUCAGAUAAGCCAUUCUCGUUAUUAUAAGUUUUUUAAUCAUUUUUUUAUUAUUACGAAAUCAAUCAUUUUAAACAGUAUGAUGAUAUAUCAAAAAUCCUAAGUAUCAAAAUAGCGUUUUAGAUUACAGCAAGACAUCUCUUUAAUUCAACCAGCCUCAUGUUCAGUUUAGUCAAUAUAUAUUGGGUAUAUUUUAAAAAGAUCAAGCAUAUACAGUAUUUAUAGAUAUCAAGACAAAGCAUAUAGUUCCCAAAGUAUCUCUCUCUUGUUCAGUUCUUAUCUCUAUUCAAUUAUAGUGUCGAGAAUAUGGAGGGAGAUAAUCAUAGUAUGGAGAAAGGAUUACUACUGGUAAAUAAGGAAGAGAAGAGAGGAAGCUCAGAAACAACGAUAACUCCACUUCUUAUCUUCACCACUUUCAUCAUUGUCUCUGCGUCCUACAGCUUUGGAAUUGCCUUAGGUUUUACUGCCGGUACAAUGUCUUCUAUUAUGGAAGAUCUUGAUCUUUCCAUCGCACAAUUUUCAGUAUUUGGUUCGCUACUGACUUUUGGAGGAAUGAUCGGUGCAAUAUUUAGCGCAACAAUUGCAGAUGCCUUCGGUCGUAAAAUGAAUAUUAUCUGGUUAGACUUUGGACGAUUCUUUGUGGGAACUGGAGUUGGUCUCGCUAGCUACGUGGUUCCUGUAUAUAUCGCAGAAAUAACUCCUAAAAAUGUGAGAGGCACUUUUACAUUUAGCAAUCAGCUUUUGCAAAAUUGUGGGAUCGCAACCGCAUAUUACAUUGGAAAUUUCGUAUCAUGGAGAACGAUAGCCUUGAUCGGCAUUAUCCCAUGCUUGAUACAAUUUUUGGGGUUAUUUUUCAUCCCGGAGUCUCCAAGAUGGCGGGCAAAAGAAAACCGUGAUGAAGAGUGUGAAGUUGUUCUUCAAAACUUACGAGGAAAAGAAGCUGAUAUUGUGAAGGAAACUCGUGAAAUCAUGAUUUCUGUUGAUGCUACCGCAAAUAUCAGCAUGCAAAGUCUUUUCAAAAGAAAAUAUGCUCGUCAACUUAUAAUCGGAGUAGGUGUGAUGCUUUUACAGCAGUUAUGUGGAAGUUCAGGGAUAAGUUAUUACGCAGGCAGCAUAUUUGACCUUGCUGGAUUUCCUUCUCAGACUGGGAUGACGGUGUUGUCUAUGGUCGUGGUACCAAAAGCUAUAUUGGGCCUGAUCAUUGUGGAUCGAUGGGGAAGACGACCACUUCUGAUGGCAUCUGCGUUUGGGUUAUGUUUAAGCUGUAUUUCUCUUGCAUUAGCGUUUGGAUUCAAAGGUGUCCCUGGCAUUGUAAAUUUUACUCCCACUAUGGCAUUUAUUGGAAUAUUGACAUAUGUUAUGAUGUUCGCUGCUGGACUAGGAGCGUUGCCAUGGAUUAUAAUGUCUGAGAUAUUUCCGAUGGAUAUGAAAGUAGUAGCUGGGAGUUUAGUAACCAUAACAAAUUGGUUUACCGGUUGGAUAGUCAGCUACUGUUUCAAUUUUAUGCUCAUUUGGAGCCCUACCGGGACCUUCAUUAUAUUCGCUAUAAUGAGUGGAUUAACAGUUGUAUUUGCAUGGUGUUUGGUGCCUGAAACUCGAGGAUUGACGUUAGAAGAAAUCCAAUUUCCACGUGAGAGUUGAUGAACCCACACAAACAAUAUAAAGCUACUAAUGUCUAAAUUCUUUAUCGAAAUAAAUUAUGUGUAGGAUCAUGUUGUCGAUCAUUGAUGAUCUAAUCGAUCACACGAUCAGAUCUUCUCCUCUUUUUUAUGAACUUCAUCAUUCUCAUCCUUUGUAAUCUGUAAUAUUGACAAUCUUUUCUUUUCCGUGCCUGAUAUCCUUUUUUACUUCUACCAGUUUUCAUGCUUAAUAUAAGCUACCGAUUUUAGCAUAUUUGUACAGAAAAAAAAUACUCCAUAUGUUUCAAAAUACAUGAAGUUUUAAGAUUGUGCACAAGUAUUAAGAAACUUGUUUUUUAUAUUAAAAAUAUCAAUAAAAUAUAAAUUAAAAGUUAUUCAACCAAUCACAAAACAGACAACAAAAUAUCAUUGGUUACACAGUUUUUGAUAAAUGAAAAAAUUGCAUUGAUAUAAGAAAACAUCAAAAACUCUCUAAAAUAUCAUUUAUUUUGAAACGGAUGGAGUAUGUUUUUCCUAAAAUAAGCUUGAAAGACUACCUAUAAGAUUAACUCUAGAAGAAAUCCAACUUCCACGUGAUAUUCUAAUAAAUAUUCGCUACAAACAAUAUAAAUCAAUUAUCGUCUAAAAUCAUUGUAAAAUUAUGUUAUCAAAUUGUUACACUUGCAAAUUAUAUUGGACCAAGCUGACAAAGAAAACAAAUCGAAAUAAA